CGUCAGUAGAAUUCUAGCCAUGUCGCAGUAUACACCUGUCGAACGUUCUGAAAUCGUCGAACUUUACAUUAAGAAUCAAAACUCAAUUAUUCUGACUCAACGCGCGUUUCGUGCAAAAUUUCCUCGGAAAAAAGCACCUACUGGUAUUCUCAGUAAUGUGCCACGUCCAAUUAUACACCGCAGAGCUAGAUCAAACAUCAAUAUCACCAUUGCACGGGAAAAUCGAAAUCUUUCGACUGAACGCGGUGCUCAGGCUUUGGGCAUCAGUAAAAGAUGCUGAACACACCUCCGCCACCUGUGCCGUCUGUACCUGGUCCCAUGGUCGUUCCCGGCAUGCCAUAUCGUCCUGGCAUGACCUACACUCUACCACCGUACAUGCGUCCUGGCUCAGUGAUUUAUGCCCCGACAGGCAGUGUGCCCAGUGGCACCUAUCGCACACACAAGAGCAGCAAAUCUGCUGGACCACCACAUCGUCGCCGCCGUCCCGGACCACCACCGAUACGCACAGGCAAAAUGAACGCCAAUCGUCGCCAGCGACGCAAAUCUGAGACGGAUAUGAUCGACAAUGAAGCUUUCCAGUAUACGGGGCUCGAUCGCGAUAUAGCAGAUAAUUUCUUGGCGCGUCAGGAGCAAACAAAUAGCCAGCCGGGUAGUCACGUAGACUAUUCAUCUUCGUCGACGGCGGCUAGUGAGACAUAUGGCAAGCAGCGUUCACGCUCGUCGUCCAAGACGAAAAUCGUUUGCCGCGAUGUGGUGAUGUAGUCCAGUGAUUUUGAGUUGAGUCGAGUCAUUCUAGGGGGUUGCAUCCGAUCCGGGGAACCAUCUAACGAAAUAUUAUGUAUAAUUUACAUAUCUAACUGUACUAUUGUAAUGUUGUAAUAUUCGUAUGCCUUACUCCGUGUUUGCUAUUGUAAAUAACUCUAUAAUAUAAACUUAUUCUUUAGUUUAUUCGAGGAUGUAAUGAUGCUUUCUGCAAAUAGCAACUUUUGUAUGUUGUACACUAAUUAUAGGUUUGAAAUAUUGAUAUAAA